AUGACCGUCAAGACGCCGUUGUCGAGUUUGAGCUCGGAAUUUGCGGGCCUCACUCCCGAAAUCUCCCGGACGUCUUCUGUCGCCGGCGACAAACGGUCGUUGAUCGCUGCAUAUGGAUCUGUUAAUACGACGAUCUCCCUACCUACAUUACAGCUGCCGUUGGCAACCCAAUUGUGGAAGGAAUUCAGAUCGAACUUGCCUUCGUCCUCCCCAGAAAACGACUUAACUAUUAAAGAAGGACUCGUCGCCGAGUUCAUCAACUUCUGCAUCACCCGGUCUAGCGACGACACUCAUUGUGACGACCCCGCGCAAGUACUCCAGUUCCUCGAAUCUCUGUUAGAAGCUUUUGAGCAAGACUUUCUUGGUGGAAAUGAUGUUCACUCCGCCGUAUCACACCUUGACACUCAACAUAAAACCCCCAUAAUCAAAGCAUACUUCGCAGCAUACGGAACCCUCAGUCGCAAGCCUAGGCGUCAACCUUCUAUUCUCCUCGAGUCCGUUACAGAUGGACCGUCACGUAUAUACGCAAUAUUUGGUGGUCAAGGAAAUGACGAGAAAUAUUUCGCGGACCUAAAAGACACCUACGCGACUUACACCGACAUCCUCCGUCGGUGUGUCUUCUCCGGAGCCAGGUUGUUCGAGGACCUCGCUGGGGCAUCUGUAUUCAAAACCCACUUUCAACAUGGCUUCGCGCUCAUGGACUGGCUGGAGAAGCCCGACUCUGAGCCAGAGACCUCGUAUCUUCUGUCUGCACCCGUUAGCAUGCCCCUGAUCGGUCUCCUCCAAAUGUGCCACUUCAUCGUGGCCUGUCAGACAAUGGGACUCUCACCGAGAGAGAUGCAUGGCUAUUUGUCCGGUGUAACGGGUCAUUCACAGGGAAUUGUCGUAGCCCUCGUGGUAUCUGUUUCCGAUACUUGGGAAGACUUCUACCGACACUCUCUCGAAGCCCUCCGUAUACUUUUCUUCAUCUCCUGUCGCAGCCACGAAAUUUUCCCUCCCCAGUCCAUUCCUGAGUCAAUAAGACAGGACGCAGAAGAUAACGGGGAAGGAACACCUGGACCCAUGCUGAGAGUAAGAAACCUCCGACAGGGUCAACUACAAAAGAUCGUCGAUGAAGUCAACAGCUAUCUCCCAGAUGAAUCCCAUGUCGCUAUAUCCCUCUUCAAUGGCCCCCAGAACCUCGUUGUUACCGGGUCGCCUCUCAGUUUGUACGGCUUGAGCCGCCACUUGCGUGGAUUAAAGCCCCCAAAUACUAUCCGCGAAGCACAGAUCCCGGCUAGCAAGCGAAAGCCUAAGAUCGAGCAUCGCUUCCUUCCCAUUACAGCACCCUUCCACAGCAUAUACCUCGAUAGAGUCGUUUCUCUGGUUAUGAAAGACCUCGGGGAUAUCAACAUUACAGGCAACCAACUACGCAUUCCGAUUUACGCUACAACCGAUGGCCACGACAUGCGUUCUCACGGAGCCAGUAACCUAAUCGGUGAUAUCGUGAGCAUGAUUGCGCGCGAACCAGUACACUGGGAGAAUGCGACCAUCCUUCCGAACGCUACUCACAUAAUCGACUUCGGUCCGGGUGGCAGUGCUGGUGUGGGCGCUGUUACUAUGCAUAGCCAGGCAGGCCAGGGUGUGCGACUGAUCCUAGGUGGCUCCAUGAAGCACAGCGAGGAGUAUGGGGAUAAGGCUGAACUUUUCAACCGUGACUGCGGCUAUCCCGUUGUGUAUGCGGAGAACUGGGCGGAGGUGUACAGGCCGCGCCUAGUUAGAGAUGCAACGGGUAAGGUCAUUGUUCAGACCAAGUUUAGCGAGUUGUUGGGUCUGCCUCCUAUAAUGGUUGCUGGUAUGACUCCCACUACUGUGCCAUGGGACUUUGUCUCUGCUACCAUGAACGCUGGAUACCAUAUCGAGCUUGCUGGCGGUGGAUACUACAGCAAGGGUGCCUUGGAGGAGGCAAUCAACAAGAUUGUGCAGAACGGAAUCCCAGGGCGAGGGGUAACAUGCAAUAUCAUUUAUGCGAGCCCCAAUUCUGUUCGCUGGCAAAUUCCCCUGCUGCAGGAGCUCCGUGCCAAGGGCGUUCCCAUUGAUGGAAUGACAAUCGGAGCAGGUGUCCCCUCAGUCGACGUAGCCAAUGAAUACGUCGAGACACUUGGACUAAAGCAUAUCGCAUUUAAGCCCGGGUCUGUUGAGGCUAUUCAGCAGGUCAUCGACAUCGCCCGCGAGAACAAGUCCUUCCCAAUUAUUCUCCAGUGGACUGGUGGCAGAGGCGGCGGCCACCACUCUUAUGAGGACUUCCAUGCCCCAAUCUUGGAGAUGUAUGGUCGCAUCAGAGCGUGCAAGAACAUCGUUCUUGUCGCUGGUAGCGGCUUUGGCGGUGCCGACGAUACUCUGCCCUAUUUGACUGGCGAGUGGAGCAAGGCAUUCAAUGCGCCUUCCCUGAUGCCAUUUGACGGUAUCCUACUCGGUAGUAGAGUUAUGACAGCCAAGGAGGCCCAUACCAGUAUUGAGGCCAAGCAGCUGAUUGUGGAUAUCCCCGGUAUAGACGAUGCGGUGUGGGACCAGACCUACACACGACCUACUGGAGGAAUCAUUACCGUUCGGUCCGAAAUGGGCGAGCCAAUUCAUAAGAUCGCAACCCGGGGAGUACUCUUCUGGGCCGAAAUGGACCGAACCGUGUUCAGCAUUGCAGACAAAAAAGCAAGGGCUGCCUUCUUGCAAGAGAACAAGAAGCGUAUUAUCGACCGUCUCAACAAUGAUUUCCAGAAGGUGUGGUUUGGACGAGACUCAGAUGGCAAGGCCUGCGAGUUGAACGAAAUGACCCUAUCCGCGGUUGCAUGGCGAAUGGUCGAGCUACUCUACGUCAAGCAUCAGGCCCGCUGGAUACAUCACAGCCUGCAGCAGUUGACGUUCGACUUUCUUCAAUGGCUCGAGGACGUCGUUGGCAACUCAUCCGGUAACUUCGAGUCCCGAUUCUGGCAGACAGUUGGCCAGAUCGAGGAGCCCUUCGCGGCCAUUGAACAGUUCCUAGCCAAACAUGCUAGAGCAACUUCGGAGCUGAUGGAUGUACCAAGCACACAGAUAUUUAUUCACCUCUGCCAGCGUCGCGGCCAGAAGCCUGUUCCAUUUAUUCCUGUUCUCGACGAGGACUUCGAGGUAUGGUUUAAGAAAGAUUCAUUGUGGCAGUCGGAAGACGUUCAGGCAGUGCCGGGCCAGGAUGUUGGCAGGACCUGCAUUCUACAUGGACCUGUCGCCGCCAAGCACACCACGGUACCAAACGAGCCGAUCAAGCAUGUGUUGGAUGGUAUCCACUCUCAGUGGGUCAGGUCCCUCACAGGGUUGGGAUAUGACAAUGAGCAAGCUCAGACUCCACUGACCGAAGAGGGGAUGAGUGAAGUGCCAAGCGAAAUAUCUCUAACCCGAACAUACGACCCAAUGCUUUUCGGUGAGGAGCUGCCCUCAAUUGAGCCCUGGAUGCAACGACUGGCCGGCACGCAGAAGGGCUGGAGACAUGCUCUCUUCUCGCAGAUUUCUAUCGUCCAAGGGAACAGUCUGUGCGAUAACCCCAUUAGACGACUCUUUGCUCCUCGACAUAAUACCUUUGUUGAAGUAGAGGAGUGCACUGCUACCGAACAGUCUGUCGUUCGCCUUUUCGAGCGAACAGCAGAUGUGCUGCAGAUCUUGGCUAUUGAGGUGCGUGCUGUUAGCGGAGACGUAAUCAAGGCCACACUGUUCGAAAAUCGCACUGUCACUGGAGCACCGGCAGGGCUCGAGCUUCUAUUUACCUAUCAUCCUGAGUUUCCGUUCGCGCCUAUCCGUGAGGUAAUCUCCGACAAGAUUGAGCGCGUUAAGGACUUUUAUCAUCAACUUUGGUUUGGUGAGCCGCUGAGCUCUGCUGGUGUUCUCUCCCAGGAAGAUGAAUUCUACGGUGAUGUUGUUGCAGUAACCGCUGAGGAUAUCAAUAAAUUCAAUCAGUGCAUCCGCAGUACAGCCACAUCAAGAUCUCGAUCGAGCUCUCAGCAGACAAUGGAUGCUCCCAUGGAUUACGCGAUCGUCGUUGCCUGGAAAUCGGUCAUGAAGCCGCUGUUCACUAAGAGCAUCAGCGGCGAUCUCAUGAAACUGGUCCAUCUUUCCAAUCAAUUCCGCAGGCUUGGAAGCUCUGAACCCAUCAAGGAGGGCGAUGUUCUUUCGUCAAGAGCACAUAUCCAAGCCAUCCUGAAUGAAGACUCAGGCAAAGUUGUGGAAGUUGCCGCCUUGAUCAGCAGGGACGGUAUGGAUAUUGUUGAGGUCGUUAGCCGCUUCAUGUACCGCGGAUCAUAUGGCGACUAUGACGCAGCCUUUCAGCAGACAAAGGAGCCCAAGGUCGAGCUCCAGCUCACAAGUCUCAAGGAUGUGGUUGUUCUUCACUCCAAGCCGUGGUUUCUGCCUCGGGACAAAGAUCUAGAUCUCAAGGGUUAUAAGCUCACAUUCGAGCUGGAAACGCAUGCCCAGUUCCAAAGCAAGUCGGUUUUCCGCCAGCAGAGGUGCUUUGGUCACGUUUAUGGUCGCUCCCCAGCAGGCGAGACUCUCGAGGUAGCUUACAUUGAUCACACCGUGGGCGUCUCGACCAGCAAUCCCAUCAUGGACUACCUCAAGCGUCAUGGAAGUGUAGUAGAGCAGCCGGUCCUGUUCCAGUCACCAAUCACACUCGGCGGCGGAGAGAUCCAUUUCAAGUCACCCUCAUCCAAUCAAGACUAUGCUUCCGUCUCCGGUGACUAUAACCCAAUCCAUGUGUCCAAGACCUUUGCCGCCUACGCAGAGCUUCCAGACACAAUCACCCACGGCAUGCACAUGAGCGCAAGGGUCCGUGGCUUACUUGAGCAGCUUACUGUCCCUGGAAACCCAAGUGGCUUUAAGCGCUAUCAGUGUAAUUUUGUCGGGAUGGUUCUUCCGGAGGACGAUGUGGAACUGGUACUGCAGCACGUUGGCAUGGUGAACGGACGGAAGCUUGUUCAUGCAGAGGCCCGUCGCGCCGGUAGCGGGGACAAACUGAUCGUUGCGGAGGCAGAAAUUGAGCAGCCCAGUACUGGUUUCUUAUUUACCGGCCAAGGAAGCCAAGAAAAGGGAAUGGGCAUGGAACUUUACGCCUCCAGCCCUGCAGCGCGGAAGGUGUGGGAUCUGGCUGACAAGCACUUCCUUGAGAAUUUCGGUGAGUAUCAUCUCUUUCACAUGAGUGCAUUUCUAACGCUACCAGGCUUCCGCAUUACCGACAUUGUCCGCAAUGAU